GACCUUUCAGAGCCUUUGACAAUGUUUUAAAAGGCACCGCGGCAAACAUGGUUCUUCAAUCCUUUUUAAUUGAAUCGGUAUCUUUAUUACUAUGAAAAUUGCUUUUUAUGUUUUGAAUUUGAAUAUUAUUACCAGAAAAUAUUUUAAUAAAAGUAAAAACCAUGUUUUAAAGCUUAGUAGAAGUUUAAAAAAAGUGCGUGUUUUUAAAAUAAUAUUUCGUAUAGCCCUGGUAGAUAUAAACGAUCAAAUCUACAACUAAUCGAAGAAAAAGGAAGAGGUAUACACUUGAAAUGUAAAUUUUAAUAUUAUAAUUAUAUUUCCACCUACAAGUUUCCAUUUAAGAAAGAUUAAAUCAUUUCGUAUCGUCUCUCUUUUAAUAUAAUUAGAGGUCAUUUUAUUACUUAACAAACGCAGUUUUAAACAGCACACGAUGCUAUUGAAAAUUCUAAGUUGGAUUUACAUACUUUUUUUCGAAAUGGUUUUCCGCAUACCAGCCUUUUUUAAUCUGACACCACCCCACGAAGGCGGGAAAAUGUUCCCGUAUCUCGUGGAUGAAAGAGAAUGUAAAAAUUUAAAGAAAAGUGAUUCGAACCAAAGAUGUGACAAGUACGACGAGGAUAUCAAACAAGGAGACUACUAUUGCCUGAAAAAUAAUUAUAUAUCACCCAGGAAUCAUUUAGAAAAUUCCAUGUCUCCUAACCUUAGCCCCCCAAAAUCCCCAAAUUCAAAAAAGGGGCAACAGAAACCGAGGAAAGACACACCACCCUAUGACUAUAAAUCAGAUGCUGCCAAAAAGGUAGAUUUGAUAGCUCUAAAAAGAGACGAACGUCGCCAGCGACAAGCGGACGAAAGAGCUUUGAGGGACCAAAUCCAUCAUUUAGAACAACAUGAUCCACAAUACGAAUUCAGGCAAAUGAUCAACGAGUACAGAGGCGCCUUAGAGUUUAGGCCGCUACGAGAAUCUGACGCCAUUGUAGAAAACCAAAUAACGGUUUGCGUGAGAAAACGACCGUUGAACGACAAAGAACAAAACAGAAGAGAAGUGGAUGUCAUGUCGGUACCCACGAAGAACCAAUUGGUGGUACACGAACCGAAACAAAAAGUGGAUCUGACCAAAUACGUUGAGAAUCAGGUUUUUCGAUUCGACUACGUUUUCGAUGACACUUGUACAAACGAUUUAGUGUAUAAGUUCACUGCCAAACCAUUGGUGAAGACUAUUUUCGAAGGAGGAAUGGCGACGUGUUUCGCCUACGGCCAGACUGGGUCGGGGAAGACCCAUACAAUGGGUGGAGAAUUUAAAGGAAAAUCGCAAAAUUUCAAAACUGGUAUUUACGGAUUAGUAGCUCAAGACGUUUUUCGUUAUCUAACACACCCCAAAUACGCCCGGAUGAAUUUCACUGUAUCGGCCAGCUUUUUCGAAAUAUAUGGAAAACUUGUGUUCGAUUUAUUAGCCAGGAAGCAACGACUGCGCGUUUUAGAAGACGGAAAACAACAAGUCCAAGUCGUUGGACUAACAGAAAGAACAGUUCUCACGGUUGAUCACAUUCUGGAGCUGAUCCAGAGAGGCAGCAUGGAGAGGACGUCCGGCCAGACGUCUGCGAAUUCAAAUUCUUCAAGAUCUCAUGCGGUAUUUCAAAUAAUUUUGAGAAGAGCCGGUUCCAAGCACAUUGCCGGAAAAUUUUCGCUAAUAGAUUUAGCCGGCAAUGAAAGAGGUGCUGACAAUAACAAAUCCAAUAGACAAACGCAAAUAGAAGGAGCGGACAUCAAUAAAAGUCUUUUGGCUUUAAAAGAAUGCAUACGAGCCUUAGGAAGAAGGGGAGCACAUCUACCGUUCAGGGGCAGCAAACUGACCCAAGUCUUGCGAGAUUCUUUUAUUGGAGAGAAUUCCAGAACUUGUAUGAUAGCUCUAAUAUCACCAGGAAAUUUUUCAGUCGAUCAUUCUUUGAAUACUCUUCGAUACGCCGACCGUGUUAAGGAACUAAUUGCGACGGACCACAUGGUUGACGACGGUCCACCAACGAUAGCAGAGGAAGACGAUUCCGAAGAAAUCAUCGAAGAAUCAAACGACGGCGACGUAGACGACGAAGAAAUCAAAGCCGAAGAACAACGGCUCCAUCUAUCAUCAUUAGAAUGGGAAUUGCGGGAAAGUCAGCGACAUGUUAUUCAAAGUUGUGUUGAUUUUCAUGACAUGGCCUGUGAUUUAUACAACUCCGCGGACGUCAACGGUUACGAUCGAGUCCAUUACGCGAAAAAAUGGAGGAAUUUAUUGAGCGAAAUCGUUGAUAUCCAAAAUGGAGCUCUUAUCAAGGCUCAUGAGUUUUGUAGCGCUCUUGACCGAUGUUAAAGUCUUUUUACUUUGGAAUGUUCCAAUUAAAACAUUAUUUUUUCAACAUA